AUGAAUCCACUGAUUUCUGCUGCUUCCGUUAUUGCUGCUGGAUUGGCCGUAGGGCUUGCUUCUAUUGGACCUGGAGUUGGUCAAGGGACUGCUGCAGGUCAAGCCGUAGAGGGUAUCGCGAGACAGCCCGAGGCAGAGGGAAAAAUACGAGGUACUCUAUUGCUUAGUCUAGCUUUUAUGGAAGCUUUAACGAUUUAUGGAUUGGUUGUAGCAUUAGCACUUUUAUUUGCGAAUCCUUUUGUUUAA